AUGUUUGAAAAGCUGCUCAGCCCUCGGGGCAGGGUUUUCUUGCCCUCUCCUCUCCUGGCGACUGACGCUGACUCCGUGUCUGCUUCCUCCCCUCCGCAGCUCUCCAUGAAGGAGGUCGGGGACGGGCUGCAGGAGCAGAUGAACUGCAUGAUGGGUGCGCUGCAGGAGCUGAAACUCCUCCAGGUCCAGACGGCUUUGGAGCAGUUGGACAUCUCAGGGAGCCGUGGCACCGUUCCUGGCACCGAGCAGCACCAGUGCUGCUGGGACAGCAGAGCCCUGCCCAGCGCCCAGCAGGAGCCGCGGCUGCGCGGGGAGGGGCUGGUGGAGGAGCUGAGCACCAGGUCCCUCGCCUGUGCCAGGCCACGGCCAGAGGCUUUGUCCCAUCCUGCUGUGCUCCUGGAGAGCGGCCACCCCCCCAGGGACACCUCCUCCUCCCUCAGGAGCCUCUGCAGCGAGGACCUGUGCCACCCAAAAGGACCUUCCUCCACCUGGAGCAGAGCCGAGCGCGUCCGCCCCAGGAGCCAGGGCACAGCUGGGGGGUGGGCAGCCUGCCAGGAGUGCCCAGGCUGUGAGGAUGGCCACGACUGGACCUCCUCCCUCAUGUCCCAGAGCAGGAACCGGCAGCCGCUGGUCUUGGGGGAUAACAUCUUUGCAGACUUGGUGGGGAACUGGUUGGACUUGCCAGAGCUGGAUAAGAAGGGGGAGAAGAGCGAAGCCUCCCUGUCCGUGAGCAGAUCCCAGGAGCUCUGCAGGAAGUUCUCCCUCACAGCCAACAUCUUCAAGAAGUUCCUGAGGAGCGUUCGGCCGGACCGGGACAGGCUUCUCAAGGAGAAACCUUGCUGGCUCCCACCUGAGGACAAACAGCCUGGAAUCUCUAAGAGACCCAAAAAGAUGAACAAACUCAAGGGGACAUUUUACUUCCCGCUUCAUGGGAGCAUCCAGAACCAUCACAGCAAAGCUGAGAGGUGCCCAAAGGCAGAAAGCAACAGUGAGAAACCCAAAUCCGGCCCCAGGAAGGUCCCUGAUACCAUAGACUACACCCAGUCUGGCUUUGACAUCAACACAGCUGUCUGGGUCUGA